UCAUUGCUGAAAGGUUCAGCCGUUGAAGCAAGGCAGCGCCUGUGGAUGAGCAGCACGCUGACGGGUGUCAUAAGAUCAUUUGAAGGACUCGCUACGAGGAUUUCCUCACAGUUUAUACAGUUGUUAGAGAGGCAAACAAGAUGGACAUGGACGUCCCUAAACCUUGUGUGUUUCUGAACUACAGCCCCACUGCCCUGUUUUCACAGUGGAGUUCCCCGGUCGGUCCCACCCAAGUGAUGGCCGCGGUGCAGGAUGGGCCGUGGAAGAGCCUGAGCUCGGGGAAGAAAGUCGCUUUGGCUGCCGGCCUCUCUGUGGGGGCCACGGUGGGCUACCUUGUUUACCGUCACAUUCGAAGCAGCGGUGUGCAAUGCCAAAGCAAAGAGGAGUCCAGAAUAUCUGUUCCCCUUAAUGUGUACCGAUCUAUUGCAAGAUAUCAGAGUGCCUUUCUAGACAUAGUGAAUCAGAAGUCCGGUGCCCAGAUAAAUGUGCUGCCAAACACUGAAGAGCAGAGCAUGGUGAAUUUUCUGAUCCAGGGCUCACCCGAGCAGAUUCUGGUUGCACAGUGUGCGCUGGAGAAACUGGCCUCCGACUGUGAGCUCAUCACUGAGGUUAUAGAAGUGCCUCAGACGGCUUUUGGAAGAAUUAUAGGCCGUGGUGGUGAGACCUUAAAAUUCAUAAACAGAGUCUCAGGGGCCAGGGUGAACUGCUCCAAAGAUCGUGGACACGGCUUAGAGGAGAAAGGCAAGAUCACAAUUAACGGCACACGCAAGGAAAUUCAAAAUGCAAAGGAGAUGAUCAUGGAGAAGGUCAUAGAGAAUGAAACCGUACGAAAGCGGAUAAGUCAAGCUUCUGCACUGCGUCAGAAGAGGAAACCGCCGGAAACUGAACCAUUUAACAAGGCCCAAGGACCAGAGAAUGAAUUAAAGCUUAAUGGAAAAGAUUUACCUUCCCCAGUGAUUGAGCUUGAACAAGAGGGGCCUGCUACGGUCAACGGCUUUGCAGACAGUAGUGAUACUGCUGAAAACUCCCUUAAAUCAGAGGAGAUUCUCUCUCCAGUAUCGCCUUUGGAAAUCUCCAAAUUUGAAAUUCCUAGUCCAGAUCUGAGCUUCCAGCCCGAUGAGCAUCUGGAGGUGUAUGUGUCUGCCUCUGAGAAUCCACAACACUUUUGGAUCCAGAUCCUGGGGGUCCGAUCUCUACAGCUGGAUAAACUGACUGCUGAAAUGAGCCAUUUCUACAACAGUGACACCUCACAAGAGCACCGAGUGGAGACUAUUAUUGUUGGAGACAUAGUGGCUGCUUCAUACAGGGACCAUGGCACGUGGAAUCGUGCUCGAGUGUUAGGAAUUCUAAGCUCUGGCGAGGUGGAUUUGUAUUAUGUGGACUUUGGGGACAAUGGGGAGCUUCCACGGGAACAAUUACGAAGCAUGAGAAGCGACUUCCUGAGCCUGCCCUUCCAAGCCAUUGAGUGCAGCCUUGCAGGGGUUCGUCCUGCAGGAGAGGUUUGGACUGAGGCAGCCCUGGAUGACUUUGAACGCAUGACAUACUGUGCUGAAUGGAAACCUUUACUGGCCAAACUGUACAGCUAUUCUCAUUCUGAGAUCUCAUCCUGGCCCAGUGUGAAACUCUAUGACAACAGCCAGGGAAAGGCUGUGGAUCUUGGUAAGGAGUUGAUUAGUCUCGGUCAUGCUGUAAGCUGCGAGGAUGAAGGGAUUGGGCUGAGGGGAGACUGGGAUGAGUCCAGAUCACUGCAGAAGAUGCUGGAUGACAUGACUGGAGCGACCUCUGAGUUCAGUAUGUCCUGCAUCAGUUUGUCAGGUUCAGCAUAUCCAUGGGCAAGCAAGGAGCUGGAAUGGUCUUCAUGUCUCACAAGCUCUUUGGAGGUGGAGCGAGCUGACGUGGACCAGUGCCCGAGUUUUGGACUUACGUCUUCCUCUUCCCUGAUCUACUCCACUCCAUCUCAGAACCUGAGUGAAAUAGUCAGCCAGAUACUUGAGUCGUCUUCGUCCACGCUAGACCCUCCAAUCCAGUCCAACAACUUAACCCCAGUGUCACCAUUACAUGUGCUGUCAGUUCAGGAAAUCUCAUCCACAUCUCCUUCCUGUGUGGAGGCUGUCACAUCAACGCUGGAUUCCUUCACUCUUGGUGAUGACGUUUUCCUUGGCACUCAUUGUUACGGCAAGAAGGAGAAGGUGAUGUCUACUUCAUCAGAAGAGACAGGCUCAUCUUGUACAAUGGACAGUUACAGUGAAAAUACAGAGAGCAGUGACGGCAUCAGAGGUGUGUGGUAUUAUCUUACCUCUUCUAGGGACUCGUCCGAAGUGUCUCUCAGCACCACCAUGCCUCAGUCAUCCACUGGAUCAUCUUCGUUUUUGACAGAAUCUUCUGAUGAGACAACUGCUUCUUCUGCCUCUGUGAUUGAACUAAGUUCAGAUUCAUCCAGGAGUGUUGAAGAUGCUGAAGUGGGACUUAGUCCAGCUAAUCUGACUCGUCCACAGCCGACUCCAGAAGUUAUCACUCUGAGUGACAGUAACAGCCAUGGAAGUGUUUUAAUUAGCACUUCUGAAGAGCCUAAAUGCAAGUCAUUUACAGAAAGAAAUUCAGAUGAAAAAAACCUGUUAAAAAGUGAUGUGAAACGCCAGACGUCAAGCUUGAAUGAUAAAACCCUACUUAAUGAAGCUGGAAGUGUAAUUGGAGAAAGAGGAAGCAAGCCAGACCUUCAGGAACUGAAGAACAUGCGUUUCAAAAGUGAACAGGGCAACUCUGGUGAAGACAAUUCAACAAGAGAAGUUGCCUCAAUUUCUGGAAGUGUGGAUGACACUAUUGAUGAAGAAUUCAACUGACAAAAAAGCCAAAGAAUGUAUGCCUUGAUAUUGAGACCAGUUGCUAUUCUCAUUUAGCAUUCAGCACAUGCUUCCCGUCUCUGAGAAAGAGCCUUACUUGACUACUCCACCUGCUCAGACUGCCUGUAUUUACUGUACAAGUUCUCUCAUAUAAGGAAUGAUUUUCAUAGUUCGUAUCUUGUCUAAUCUUUUUGGGACAUCUUGCACAUUUUUUUUAACUGUUUCCACUUGUGUUCUCAUUGUGUUCAUCUCAUUUACGUAUAAAAAUGUUUCUUAAUUUUUUGGUCUGAACUUCGAAGAGCAGAUAAUAGACAGUGGAAGAGCAGAUCUCAGGGAACUCAUGAUUGAGUCAGUUUGAAACCUCAGUAUUGUUGCAUUGUAGCACCAAGUUUCUUUUGGUUUGUUUCUCAGUGAUAAGAUGGUUCAGCUUUUUGUUGAUGGGCCAUUUUUCAUUUUCUGUGUCAAAAUUAUUUCUGUUGUGAAUUGAGUUUUAUUGCAUUGAAUGCUACGGUAUAUAUAAUAUAUGUGUAUAUAAUCAAAUAAAGUCUAUUAUUAUAUCCCAUAUUAUUAAUUUGAAUAGCUUCUCUGUCCAAGCCGAGUGGACAUGUUCCUUCUAUUGUUUGUGGAUUAUUGUACUGUGAUAAAAUGCUUGAGGGGAAUUGGAUCUCAUGCAAUGAAUGAUGCACACUGUUUAUUAAGUAAUUGUAGAAUAACACAAAUGGUGUUAUAAAAUAUGCAAAAGUUAUUCAAAAACAGGAGCUAAUGACAGUGGCUGAACACGUGGAAAUGGAGAUAGAUAAUAUCUCUUCCAUUAUACAGUAUGUAAACACAUCAGGCUGUCAACUUCAUAUACAAGAUUAAAUAAUAGAAAUUCUCUGGAGGAGCUGUAAGUACUGACUUCUCAACAUCUCAUUCAAAAUGUUUAUGUGGCUUUUAAUAAUACAAAAAAUGUAAUGUUACAAGGUGUAGUUCGGUUUAAUUAAAAUGUGUAUCAUAAUAAUAUCAGUAAUGUGUUUCAUCAAUAGAGGAUUACUAAAAUCUAGAUAUUUUAUUACAUGAAAUAUAUAAAAUACAUAUAAAAAAUGCCUUAAUUCAGAAAAUGAUGAUUUUCAAUCUCAAAAGGUCAAAAAAAAAAUUAUAUGUGCAUGAUUUAUUGACAUUUUGAGACUCCGAUACAUUGCACACCUCAUUAAACUUACAGUAAGUUACUUUACUCUAUGCCCAUCUACUGAGCCGGCCACACAUCUUGACAUUUAUCACCCCAUCCA